UCUAUUGUGAGAAACGUUUAACACAUAAAAUGUAAGACAUUUUUACCGAAAUUACCCUUGAAACGAGUAUAACCGUUGGCAUUGCUCUGCAUGUCAAAGACCCCUGUGUCAUAAUGAAUAUAAAUGGAAAUAUAAUCUUCUUUAUUUCUCUCCAUAUCAACUUGUACCAUUCGACCAAUUCAUUUCUUCAUUCAAAAUUCAAAAAGUUUUCAAUUUUAAGUCCGGAUAUGUUCCAAGUCCGUUCCAAAAGAGAUAGAAAUAGCAACAAGGAAAUUUUAAAAAUUGUAAAUUUUUCCGGCCUGGGUCGGUCUUUUGCCCUGCAUUUGACACCUGGCUCACCUGUUCUACAUCCACAAUUCUCUGUCAGUCUGGAAGAUUCCAAAGGCGUGCAAACCCCCCACCCUGUGGACAAAAACAAUUUUUACCACGGAUUUCUUCACCCUGAUCCAGAGGCGGUCGUAGACGCAGCUUUUGCUGACGGUAUUUGGAUUGCUCGGAUAUUCACUAAAGAAAUAACCUACAGUAUUGAGCCGCUAGGCUUUCAUGAACCUAAGGCAAAUUCCCAGUUAGUGGUUUUGUUUAGCAAUCUCGAUCUACGAGAGGAUAUGAAUACAACUGAGGGGGGCACCAUGCAGCCAUUUUGUCGUGAGUUUUCCUUCCCGAGCACCAACAAUCCAAACAAUUCCAGAAUUUCAGAACAACAAAAACGAAAAUCGUUUUCUAAAAGAUCGAGCAAGGCAAGACAAUCUAGGAAAAAAAUAAAAUCCAGAGCAACGCAACCGGAUCCCAAUGAAGUCUUGGCGUGCGAUCUGCUAGCCGUCGUGGACUACCUUGCCUUUCGCGGUGUUGGGGAGAACAGCGUUCCACGAAUGAUAGGCAUCUUGAUCUCUGUAUACCAAACCGCAAACAGGAUCUAUAACUCGACCGUAUUCGGAGAACUCCCAAGGUUAAAUUUAUCUGUGCGCAAGUUUCUCAUCCAUACAAACUUCACCAUCUCACAAACGCAGCACUAUAAUCAACCGAACAUCGAAGUCGUUCCGGAAAAGGUGGUUUACUACAUGUCGUUUCAAAAUAUGUUUAGUGAAUACUGCCUUGGACACCUGACGACGCAAAGGUAUUUGAACGGUUUGCUCGGUUUAGCUGCCACAGCUGAAGACAUCUCAAAAGAAUGGUCCAAUGGAAUAUGUGGAGGAAGUGCCGCCAACUCAAAGAAUGUUGGGUAUAGCACCUUCUUAGGCAACGGCGGGAUGGUUAUUCCACUGAGCAAAUAUGCUUUGGUAGUGGCCCACGAGAUUGGGCACAACUGGGGAAGCAACCACGACCUAGCCGACAACCCCACCUGCAGCCCGAGCAGUAAAGAUGGCGGGAAAUAUCUCAUGUGGGCUAAUGCCGGCAGCGUCAACGACCGAAAUGGCGGGACGUUUUCACCGUGCUCGAUAAAGUCUAUUACACAGAUAUUACAGAGUAAAGUCAGUGGGUGCUUCAAGCAAUUGGACCUGAUUAAAACAUUCUGUGGCAACGGUAUAGCCGAUGGUGGCGAGGACUGCGACUCGGGGGAGCUUGAAGACGACCCCUGCUGUGAUCUGUCGUGUAGGUUCCGCGAGAGCGCCGUUUGUUCACCCUUCAACCACCCGUGCUGCACCGAAACCUGUGGUAUCGCCCCUAGUUCCCAUCGGUGUUUGGGUAUCAUAUCACCACCCUGCUACGAGCAACCGUUUUGCUCUGGUUACAGCUUCGACAACUGCGACCUACCCAGGGCUCUGCCGAACAACUCGACGUGCGAGGACCAAGGCCGAUGUUGGUACGGCAGAUGCCAGAGCUUCUGUGAAAUUCAUAGCCUGAAUUCCAACCCGCGGGCUCAGCUGGAGACGUGCUCGUGCGAUUCCAACACUAGAGAUAUGUGCAUGCACUGUUGCCGGGAUGUCCUGGGGGACGGGGAGUGUAAGGUCAUGGGCGGACCAUACCAAGAGGGCUACCCUUGUCUGCUGGGCUACUGCAAGGCCAACGAGUGUGUCAAAGGAGAAAGCGAGAUGAACUUCCAGGCAUUCACGGAUAUGGAAGUGUGGCCUGGCUCAGCGGUGCCCAUGACCUGUCUGGUACACCUGAUCACCAUGAACAUGGUCAUCGCACACUUCCUGUGCGCUUACUAGACGAGGAUCAACACUAUUCGCUGCAUGCAAAGAAGGAUUCGUACUUUCCUUCUAGCCUACAUGGUUAUUACGAGUUUGAUUGAGUUUGAUUUUAACUAAAAAAAUAUACUUAACAUGAGCAGUUAAAUCUAUUUCUUAUGUGUACUGUCGUGGAGUUGCAAGAGGGCUCAUGGGUUUAUGCUGGGGUAAACUUGAAAUAUCUGUAUUUGGCACAUCAAGUCGCUUCAGACAUUGUGGGACUCAAUUUCAUUGCAUUUGAUUUCACGUUUUGUUAAACUCACAUGUGUUAUAAGAGUUUUAUAGUUUUAAAAUAACAGUUCCAAGCUUACAAUGUUAUAUUCUGUUAGUUUUAUUAUUACAUUUCAUA